CCCCCCCCCUCCUCCUCUCCCAGCCUCACUCCUCUUCAACCCCUCUUCGACACACAUCUCCUCCCACUCCUGAGUGUUUUCCACAACAUCACCGGACUCACCAACACCAUCUCUCGCAUGCAAUGACGCAACAGCAUACUGAAGGCUCCUCACACCCCUUGGAUCUAAAUGAUCCGAACGAUGACUAUCGGCAAGAGAUUGACACGUCCAAGAUUGUGCUGGAAGACCCGUCCGCACAAUCUUCUCUCAGUCUUCCCGAAUCAUGCGACAAGUUCCGCAUCCUGAUUAUCGGGAAGGCCGGGGUUGGCAAGUCCACCAUAUGCUCCAAGGUGUUCGGAAUCCCUCCAGAACAAGCAGGGGUCAGCCACCACUCCAUCGGGACUGCCAAGGAGAAAGUGUGGCAACCCAUCACUUUCGAAGGCGCAAACGAGAGCCUCAUCUUGCACGAUUCGGGCGGCUUCGAGGCUGGAGAUGUGGGUUGUGUGGAAGAAAUCACAAAGUUCAUCAACUUUCGGAAGACGCAGCACCGCCUGGCCGAUCAGCUGCAUUGCAUAUGGUAUUGCAUCAGCUGCAACUCAAACAGGCCAAUUCAGGGGGCUGAAUUGGAAUUCUUCCAGAACGCCGACGUUGGGAAAAUACCAGUUGUGGUUGUCUUUACCCAGUUCGACAAGCUUGAAGACAGUGCCUUCAUAAAGGAGCUCAUGAGGCAGACGAGACGAGGUGUUACCCAGCCGGAUAUUUCUCACAUCAAAGAGAUUGCCACCCAUGCAGCCAUUGCCGAGUACGACGCCAACUAUCGAGGGCAGUUCGAGAAAUACUUUGGGAGAAGAAACCGGGUCACCAUGGCAAGGAUUGGUAUUCGACCCGACGACGAUGCAGGAAGCCUGGGCUCAUCAUUGGUUGACACGUUGGUGAAGGAGACGCGAGAGAUACUCCUAGAAGAUGGCCUCAAGCUCUUGUGGACCGCAGCGCAGGCACAUUCGGCAGAUAUGAAGCUUCAAGCUUCCAUCGACGUCGGUAUGCGCUCGUUCUGGAACGCGGUAGGGAUCAGCUCGGUCCCGUUCGUGCCCUUCAUUGGAGCUGCUGCACUGUACAAGUCUUUCUACAAAAUCCUCGAGACAAUCGACGUUGUCUGGCGCAUCCCUGGCUGCAGGGCUCUCGUCCAGAAGUCCAAGAUUCGCAAUCUGAUUCUCCAAGCGUGCUUUGACGCCACAGUCAUGGACAGGGUUGGAGUGCAGUUCUUGAUGGCCAUCAACAUCUUUGGCCCCCUGUCUGCCGCCCAGACGGCUGGUGUCCUCCUCAAAAUGAUCGCAGGAAUUACGCUCCUCUAUGAGAGGAUCUUCUGGGAAUCGAAGGACCACCCCAAGAGACUGAUGGAGCAGAGUGUCAUGGAGUCGUUGAUCAGAGAUUUCCAGAAGAGCAAGGACCGGGUUAGAAUGUCCAGCCACCUAACAGCAACGAUUACCACGGCCAACUGCUACAGCAAAGAGGCCUGCCUCAAGGAACUCCACACAGCCAUCGAUGAGGGAAGAAGCAGGAGGGGCAAAGACUUCUUACGGAAGCAAACGGUAAUGGGGGAGUAGCUCGGCGCUUGCGAGGGAACGAUGCUCUGGGAAGGAUGUUACCGAUGACCCGGAGAGGGCGGCCCUGUUUCUUGGGGAAGAGCUGGUACAGAUCGAGAAGGAUAUUGAAGACCUGGAAGAACUGAUCAAACAAGCUAUGCUUGCGUUCUAAACACUGACUGGAUCACAUGCGCUCCUAUGCAUUCAAACUAUGGUCUGUCGGCGGGAUAGUGAGUUUGGGUCAGGCUUGAUACCAAGUCGCUCCAAGUCUUCCGUGUAGUGUCUCUGAUCCUCCACCUUCCGGUCGAGAAGACCUUGGACGUAGUCACACUCGCUAAGAAAUGCAUCCAGAUCUUGUUCCAUCUUUUCCCUCAGUAGCAGCGAAACAUUUUUGCUUCUGUCGCUGUUCGACAAGACGUGCUGUCGUACGUCUUUCUGGGCGAGGUAAAAGCAGCUCCAAAAUACCUCGACAAUGGUCAAAGGA